AUGCCACGACGACUGCCAGGCGCAAUCUUGCCUCAAAAACGACAGAGACAGCUCGUAUAUGCGUACGGAAAAGCCCACGUACUCGCCAAUAAGCCGCGAAGACUGCCCCCGCCCGUGGUACCAACAUAUGCGCAAAAGGUGACACUUUCCGAUGGAAGCACAUUCACCCACUGGACGACAUCUCCACGCUCCAGCAUUCGAAUGACCCGCGACAUCUCCAACUCGCCCCUGUGGACACUGAGCUCUGCCAGAGGAGCCGAAGAGGAGGAUGCGAGCGGUCGUUUGAGUCGUUUCAGAUCCAAAUUCGGUCGCAGCGGAGGAUUCGACGACUAUACGCUCCUCAGCGAGCUCACAGACAAGCCGUGCGUUUUCGACAGUGUUCAGCCACCUAUAUCCACAUUCUCGGAAAAGGACCUCAAGGCGCUCUAUCGAGAUGUUUUACGGAUAGACGUUGCUUCCACCGUGUCACCUUCGUACAGAGACAAGAUUGUCGACCCAUCCCUUGUCCUCCCUCGACUCUCGAAAAGAAUCGUAUUAGGCUCUCGCCAAACCCUAGAUAAAAACAUAAACUCGCUCUCUUCGCGGCUUCAAUCACGGCACGGCCCAAGUGAACCCGUGGCGGCACCCACAAAUCUCUCUAGAGGAAAGCCUUAUUCAGAGCUACUCAACGCUCUUCAGUGCCAACAGUCUGUCUUGGCUCUCCCGCUCAUCAGCAACUCGUCCACUUCCGCACCCAUCGUAAAUGCCACUGAAUGGGCCUCUUUGGUUGAUGCAUGCAUUCGAGAACUGGAUUUUGAGGGUGUUUUUCUGGUGUUGCGUGCCAUGAAGACCCACGGACAAGUGAUCGAAGACGAGCUGCACCAUCAUAUCAUGAGUGCAAUGGCGGAUGAAGGGCUCUUCCACCAGCUUCAGACCUAUGCCUCCGAAUUUUUACAAGGCACGUCCAACACUCACAUCGUGACGGCGCUGUGUAAAUGCCGACUGUUUUCAUCGGCUAUUCAGCUACUCCAUCAGCAGGAGGCAAAAGGACACCUCCCGCCCAUGGCUGUCUAUCACUCCCUGAUACUUGGACUCCUUCACACCUCGAGUCCUGGCGCCGCUGCAAGGCAAGCAAUCGCCUGGAACAUCUUCUACCAUAUGCGCUAUGUCGCGCAUCCCAUCCCAUCAGUACAACUCUACACCGACAUGAUACGAGCGUGCGCCCACCAUACAGAGCCGGAUACGUUGCGUGGCUUUGAUUUGUGGACGGAAAUGACAGUGGAUAAGCGGUUGACACCUACUGUUGACGCCUAUAACGCGAUCAUCCUCCUCGCAGCUCGUGAUAAUAGGACCGCCCACGAGGCAAUUAGACUUGCUCGAGAGAUGCUUGACGUUGGGCGAGAUGCUGAUGGUAAACCGGCGCUUCCGUUGAAUACGGGCACGUAUGCAGCACUACUGGAGUCCUGCAAACAUACAGGAGACCUUUUGCGUGCUCGAUGGGCCCUUACCAAGCUGGCCGGGGAUGUGUUCACCUCAACCUCUUCCAUUGACCACUGGACACUAUCGAACCUCUUUCACGCCUACGCUUCCUACAAAGUACCGUUCGUUCGUGACAUGGCGGCACCAACACGCUCAGAACAGCCAUCACUGGAAGCUCAUAAACAGGCCCAGUCCAUCGAACAGCGUCUGGAUGACAUUGUCGCUACGACAGCGACUCAAUCUUCCAUCACAUCUGGGUUACAGCUUCCUCAAACAUCCAAAGCUGUCCUCAACGAGCUGGACACCAUGAUGGACCAUCUCAUCGCGGAAAAGACGUCGACGGGAAACAUCAAAACCCAACUCCCUCGGCUAUUCGACCAAGUCACAAACUUGAAUAUAGUGAUAAGAAGCUUUCUCCGUGCUUACUUCAUUCACGCGCACCGUGUGUCAGAUGUAUUUGCCAGGGCCCAAUCCAUCCAUAGGCUCUUGAAACUCGACUGGUCUCACGAGGUGAUACGUUUAGUAUUGUCUCAGUGUGCGCGAACAGGAAGUGGUUCACCCUCUCAAGAGACAAUGAAAUUUGCCGAGGAACUCUGGUCAGCAUGGCUCGGUAUUCUGGAAAAAGAGCGGCAUUUACCCAACAGGUGGACGCCUAUGGGGUUAAAUACGCCAGCAGACAGGCGUGAGGUCCCAAUUAGUACCGUGCGAGCGUCCCAUAUCUCCAUGAUCUGGUCCUCAUUCAUUCGGUUGAAGACUCGGUAUGGCGAUGUCGAUGGCGCAGUGCAGCUGCUUAAGCAAUUCGAAAGACUCUAUCCUCCAUCCACCACGAAGACCAAUCUCGAUCCUCAUAUGCCACUGGAGACAAAGAUCUCGUUGGAGGGCCCAAGGACGCUCAUCAAGGUCGUAGAGCGAGGCAAAAUCGAUGAUGAUACGAUCCCUCCUGUUCUUGUUUUCACAGACAUCGUCGCUCUGCACAAGCGUUUGGCGCGAGAUCAGCGAACCAAGGACAUCAAUUAUCUUACCUAUCUGCUUCAUGCAUACGCCGGUAAUGUUCGGGAUCGACGAAGUUUCAACCUGGCUGUCAACGAUUUGGAGGAUGGAUGGAGGGGCAAGAAGUCUGUUGGAAGCGACGGGGAAGCAAAGGUUAAGGCCCGAAUUAAAUGGGAAAAGCGGAGGGCGCGGGUUGCAUCUCGUGUCCGCACUUCCAGGAGAUAG